GAGGGUCUGUUAAAGCUUUCAGCAUUUCCACUGUCAACACUUGGCUCGAGCGCUGCUGUGCAGAGCAACGACGAUGUCGGAGCAGGAGUCUCUGAGGUGCUCAAAUGCUAGAAACCGUGGAGGCGUACAGAGGGUGGAAGGAAAACUGCGAGCCAGUGUAGAAAAAGGGGAUUACUAUGAAGCACACCAGAUGUACAGGACUUUAUUUUUUAGGUACAUGUCACAGGCGAAACAUGCUGAGGCCAGGGAGCUGAUGUACAAUGGCGCUCUACUCUUCUUCAGCUAUAACCAGCAAAACAGUGCAGCGGACCUGUCCAUGCUGGUACUGGAGGUGUUUGAGAAAUCUGAGACUAAAGUUGAUGAUGAAGUAUUAGAAUGCCUGGCUAAGCUGUUCAGCCGGAUGGACCCAAACUCUCCAGAGAGAGUAGCGUUUGUGUCCAGAGCAUUGAAAUGGUCCACAGGAGGCCCCGGCAAGUUGGGUCACCCAAAACUACACCAGCUGCUAGCUGUCACCUUGUGGAAAGAGCAAAACUACAGUGAGUCUCGUUACCACUUCCUGCAUUCAUCUGACGGGGAGGGCUGUGCACAGAUGCUGGUAGAGUAUUCGGCGUCACGAGGCUACCGCAGCGAGAUCGACAUGUUUGUGGCGCAGGCCGUCCUACAGUUCCUAUGCUUAAAGAACAAAAACAGCGCUUCCGUGGUGUUCAGCACAUACACAGAGAAACACCCGUCCAUAGAGAAGGGCCCUCCCUUCGUCCAGCCUCUACUAAACUUUAUCUGGUUUCUGCUGCUGGCAGUGGAUGGGGGUAAAUUAACAGUUUUCACAGUGUUAUGUGAGCAAUAUCAACCUUCCCUGAAGAGGGACCCCAUGUAUAAUGAGUAUCUCGACAGAAUAGGACAGGUUUUCUUCGGCGUUCCGCCCAAACAGUCCCCAUCAUACGGUGGGCUGCUAGGAAACCUGCUGAACAGCCUGAUGGGUUCGGGCGAGGAGGAGGACGGCGCGGAAGAAGCCCAGGAGGACAGCAGCCCCAUAGAGCUGGACUGAGACUGCCCCGGGACAAAGAGAACAAGCGAACACACACACAUGCGCGCGCACACAUACACACACAAAAAAAAAAAGGAGAAUGGCGUCGCCUCCCUCCUACACCUCCACACCGAGGGCAAGGCGCCGGUCCAUGUUUCCAGAGGCGUGCGGUUUCCCAAAACCUUUCCCACCCAUCCAGUCUUAAAAUCCAAGAAUCAGAAAGUAUCAGGCCACCCAAACAUCCCUCACAGCACUGCCGGGACUGACUGCGCCCAAACUGCAAACUCCUUCCUUGUUGAAUUGUUGUAAAAUUAUUAUAUAAUUUUAACCAUUUGUUAGUUUAAGACUCUCUGUUUAGGGUGUAUGAAUUUUAAACCAGAGAUAACAAACUGCCCUCUCCCUGUGAUAACUGCUCCCAAGCAAUGGGAGUGGAGUCUCCCAAAGGAGAGGAUAGCAUCACAAGUGAACCCUCUCUUCAUGAUGUUGGUAAUGACGUCAGCAGAAGAGGGUUUAGUCGACUCACUACAUUCACUCAACUGCUCUGUUUGCCCGACAGCCACACAGAGCUCGAUCAGAGCCAUCGCGUUGCUGCUGUUGGCGCUUUGCAGCAGCUUUCUCCGUUAAAACUUCUUCUUCUUUCAGUAGUAAGUUAAAUUGAACAUGUAGUCAAAGCCAUCUGUCAGUUUCUUGUUUCUUUUGUCCUUUAGCAAUAUGGACAAAAAGACAACAAAGCUCUUUGUAAGUUAUUAUCAGAAGUCAUUAAGCACGUGGAAUAUCAACCAAACAAACCUUUUCUCCCCCACGGAUUAUGGUGGGGACUGUAACUUUGAUUCUAGUGAAUGACUGCAAACAUACAGCUGUCUGUAUACAGAUAGCUCCACUCCACUUUUUACUGUGCACUCGCUGAACUGCUGUUGUUUGCAUCUCCAAAGAGGAAUUGUGUGGAAAAAUUGCAAUUUGGACUUUUU